UGAUCAGUCAAGAAUCGGAAGCGUUAAAGAACGCAUCGCGACCUGUGGUUGAAUAAGUUCAAGUGCUUUAAGUAACUGAUAAAGAAGUGAGAAGAAAGAAAGUAGAGACAAAUAUACAUACAUAUAUAUUUUUUAAUUUUUAAAAAACUUGCCCAAACAAAAUAACAAAGAAAAAUGAAACCGCUGGUAUCGCUGUCGUUUAUGAUUGCUGCUUUUUUAUCGCUCUUUCCGAAUGUAUUAUAUGCAAAUCAGCCCGUAAUCAGUGAUAUUUCAAAAGAUGUUGUUGCAAGCGUCGGCGAAGAUGUGCAGUUCAAUUGCACUGUUGAGAACGUCGGUCGAAUGUCCGUUAGCUGGGCAAAACGUUCCGUUGUUCUGUCCAUGAGAAAUAUACUCAGUUUGAGUGAUCCACGUUACACGAUCACGGAGACGCGUAAUGACGAAGCUGGCAGUGCUACGUACUCAUUAAAAAUAACGAAAAUCGAGGCGAGCGAUAUGGGGCCCUAUGAAUGUCAAGUGAUAGUGUCCGCCACUGAUAAGAUCACGAAGAAACUGAACUUGUCCAUUAAACAUCCACCCAUCAUAUCAGAAGAGCGUACACCAAAGUCCAAAUUAGUUACCGAAGGACAGAAUCUAGAAGUAAGUUGUCAUGCGAAUGGCUUUCCUCAACCGACAAUAUGGUGGAGAAGAGAGGAGAAUGCCAUUAUGCCUGCUGGCGGUCAAACCCUACCUGGGCCGAUAUUACGCAUCAAAGAGGUGCACCGACUUGAUCGCGGAGCGUAUUAUUGCGUUGCGGACAAUGGAGUAGGUCAACCCGACGAACGAAUGGUGCUGAUUGAGGUCGAAUUCCGGCCGCAAAUUUCCGUAUUACGUCCUAAGGUGGCACAAGUGUUAUCACAUGUCGCCGAAUUGGAAUGCAGUGUACAGGGAUAUCCUGCUCCUGCAGUUUUCUGGCACCGCAACGGUGCGAAACUACAUUCGAACUCCAGAUAUGAGAUCUCCAACACUGCAUCGUCGCAUGAAACUACAACUUCCAUUCUACGUAUAGCAAGUGUGACCGAAUCGGAUUUUGGUGAUUACUAUUGCAAUGCUACCAACAAAUUGGGGCAUGCCGAUGCGCGUCUGAACUUAUUUCAACCUGUGAUUCCGGUGCCUUCAUCACUAUGAUUUCUUCUUUUCGUUUAUGUAUUGUCGGGUGUGGUCAGGCCACAAACAGCGCUGGGAGUAUAAACAGCAAUAUAAUCAUAUUAUUUAAUGUUACUGUGCAUUGCAUAUGUAUAUGUAUUAGGUAGAUUUGACUGUCAAAUUUUUUAUACAAAAGACUAUAUGAUUUUCUGCUUGUUCGUUUUUUUGUAAUUUUCUUUGUUAUUUCUUUUAUUCAAUUAAAUUUGAUUGUCUCGUACAAAU